AUUCAAUCAACAACAUAACCUAUUAAUGUGUUGUCCUCCAAAUGAAUCAUUUUACUUAUCUUUGAAGAAUAGAUAAUUUCACAAGUGAUAUCUAUAAAUUUUAUGGACCGAUGACUAUACAAAUAAGUCGAAAAAAAUAUGUAACCAAUAGAUAGAUACCCAAUUCAAAUAGUUCCUAAAAUUAGCUAGUACAAAUAAUGAAAUAACGUUGACGAACACGAUUCGUUCUUAGUUAGUGUGAAAUUAUUAAAAUAAGAACAAUGAUGGGAUAUCGAAAGAUAUUAUUGUUAAUGCUAAUUAAAAUAUCAUAUUGUUUUAAAAACAGCGUUAACUUAGCUGUGAAUAGAACAUUUCAGUACAAUAUAUAUAAUUACGACACUUGGAUUAAUUUACAAGUAAACAACACCAUUGAACAAAUUUUAGACUUUACCGAGGACUCUGAUAAGCUCCUUGGUUUCCCUACAAGAGUUCACGUAACAACUAAUAGUACACUCACAAGUGAUCAUCCUCUAUUCAUUACGGCCACACAACAGAAAGGCGUGUCCUCAUGGGAACUCCCGUUGGUGCUACAGACAGACGAUUACUUCUUGAUGCUAAACGACAUGGGCAGGACUUUGUGCCCUCACGAUGCAGGUUCAGACAUAAGAAGAGAGAGUCCUCCAACUGUACAGCUGACGACGUCCAGUAGCGCUAACGUAUCCGUCGACAUAAAACUGAAGAGGGUCGAAGAUUUCUACAUAGAACUGGGCAAGGUAAAUGAGGUGAUCGUAAACCCGAGCUCGCCAAGGUACUAUUACUUUUCUUUCGAUCAAAACCCUUGGAACGUGAGCCACGCCGCAGGCGGACCCCUCGACGGCACGCAACGAUAUAAUUAUAACAUACCGAAAAGUGUGAUACUAGUAAUAGAAUCGGACGACGAAAUCUGCGCUACGGUGUCCAUACAGAAUAAUUCGUGUCCCGUGUUCGACAACGAGAGAGAGGUCAAAUACAAAGGAUACCACCUGACGAUGAGCAGCCAGGGGGGGAUCACGCUCACCCAAGCAAUGUUCCCGUCGGGAUUUUACGUGGUGCUGAUAGUGCGACAGAGCGAUGCGGACUGCACGGGCGCGAGCGAGACGGAGGACGCUCCCAAAUCCUUCCCCGCCAAGCGCAGCAAGACAUUCAGGUUGAAGAUAAUAGCGACGAUAUCCUACCAGGAGUACCUAGUGGGCGCGCUGGUGAGUGCGGCGCUGGUGCUGCUAGUGGCGCUCUUCGUGCUGGCGCUGCUGCUGCCCUGUCCCUGCAGGUGCACAGAGGAGGUGACCGUCGUGGUGGAGGAGAGCUCGCCGUCGACGUCACGGGAGGACAGCGCGGAGACGGACACGCAGCCCAUACUGGAGGCGGGUGCCGCCGAUGAGUCUUGGUCGCGGGAGCACGCCCUGACAGUCGGCAAGCUGACGCGGGCCCCGCCCGACACGCUGGCCAGGAGAUCAGACAGGUACUUCUGGGGCGCCCUGACGCUGGCGGUGGUGUACGCGCUGCCCGUGGUGCAGCUGCUGCUCACGUACCAGCGCAUGGUGUUCCAGACCGGCGACCAGGACCUGUGCUACUACAACUUCCUGUGCGCCCACCCGCUCGGCACGCUCUCGGACUUCAACCACGUGUUCUCCAACGUCGGCUACGUGCUGCUCGGCGCCGUGUUCGCGGGCCAGGUCCGCUUCAGGCAGGUCAAGAGCAGGCAGCGGCCCGAGAACUUGGGCAUCCCCCAGCACUACGGGCUGCUGUACUCGAUGGGCCUGGCCCUCAGCAUGGAGGGCCUCCUGUCGGCCUGCUACCACCUCUGCCCUAACAAAAUGAACUUCCAAUUUGACUCGUCGUUCAUGUACGUGAUAGCCGUGCUGGUCACACUCAAGCUGUACCAGAACAGGCACUCCGACAUCAUUCCGAGCGCGCACUCCACCUUCAUGAUCCUGGCCGUCAUCAUGACGAUCGGCUUGUUCGGGAUCCUGCACCCCAGCGCGGGGUUCGCGGCCAGCUUCACGCUGCUGCACCUGGGGGCGUGUCUGGUGCUCACACUCAAGAUAUACUACGCCGGGAGGUUCAAAAUGGACCGGCGCGUGCUCCUGCGCGCGUACGCGCACGUGGCGGCGCGCGGCUGGCGGUCGCUGCUGCCCGCGCACCCCUACCGCGCCGGCCUGCUGGGCCUCGCCAACCUGGCCAACUGGUCGCUGGCGGGAUACAGCGUCUACUCGCACCACAACACAGAUUUGGCAAGACAGCUCCUCGCUAUUCUCAUGGGCAACGCCAUUCUGUACACCAUGUUUUAUAUGGUAAUGAAACUGGUGAACCGAGAGAGGAUCCUGGCCAGGACCUGGAUGUACUGUAUCCUGGCCCACGUGGCCUGGUUCUUGGCCCUGCGACUGUUCUUGGACUCGAAGACCAAGUGGUCGGAAACUCCGGCGCAGUCCCGGCAGCACAACGCGCCGUGCUCCUCGCUGUCUUUCUACGACACGCACGACCUUUGGCACGGCGUCUCCGCGGCAGCCCUGUUCCUGUCCUUCAACAUGCUGCUGACCAUGGACGACGCGCUGCGGGAUACCCCGAGGGACCAAAUACCCACGUUUUGAGAGGCCAAGAUGCGGUGGCAAGACUUGUGUUACAUAGUAUACACGGCGACCGCUUUUCACUACAUUAUUUUGAAACAGAAAUGUAUCUAUAAAUUGAAGGCGUUUGUUCUGUUUGUUUAUGCGACACCAUGCAAAGACUUAGUUACACAGUUCAGUUGGGAUUUCGACCGCAUGUCUCAAGCUGGACUCAAGGUUAUGUCCUCGUGCGGUAGGUUACCUCCCAACAACAGGUGCGCCGAGAGUUCGUUCAUCCUUCAUGCUAUAAAUACUGAACUCAUUUUAAAUGUUUUCUAUUAUUAUUUAAAAGCGUAUGAUUCGAAUCACAAUAAAGCAUUGUGUGCACGUGUAUCUCGAAAAAGCGAUUUCUAUUAGCGCGUAUAAUUUGUAAUUUUUUCUCGACGAUUGGUGACCAUGUAAAACUCGAUUAAUUUAGAAUUAAUUAAUUGUUAUUAAUAUAUUAAAUUAAGUUUUCUGAAAUGUAUUAUUAGUUGUAAGACUAAUGUGUCCGUCACUGGGACUUUUUGGUGGGAACGCGACGAGAGGUUGUCAUUUGUUUUUUUUUGUGUUUUUUAUAAUUGUUAAUAUGUCAAAAUAGUACUAGUAAUUGUAGUUUCUUUUUUCCAACUGGAAAGGCAAAGGUAUCAUUCCAUACAGCCUGAUUUUUUAUAUUUUUUUUAUAUGGUAAAUGAUGUUAUAAAAUGAAAUAAAGUUAAAUAAUAUGAAACGUGAUAUGAACUGAAAUGAGAUGAAAUGAGAUGAGAUGAUAUAGGAUGAAAUAUAAUCUCAGUAAAAUGGGGGUCAUUUACUGAGAUUUUUUCAGUGGACUUUUUGAAAAAUUCCGAGAAGCUACGUUCAGCGGCUUUGUUUCAUUUUCCUACAUUUGUGUACUUUCACAGAUACUAAAUAGUUAAUAAAUCACCGCUAUUACACAUUUCAACCUGAAGAAAUACUAAAUAGACUAAAUAAAUAACAAAUCGCACAACUUCACUUCUUGCGUUCCCGCCAAAAAGUCCAAAAAGCUGUCAAAAUAGUGGCUGUCAACUGUCUAGCGUCUGUCAACGUGCACGAGUGUUGUGUGGAGAUCACAGAUACAGUGGCGUAGCGAUCUAAACUCGUCCUGGCCACAAUACCUUUUUAGCCGCCCCCCGACCCAUACCUAUUCGAAAACCAUUUAAUAUGAUAUUUAUAUUUUACAUAUCAUAUUAAAUGGUCGCAAUCUAUUCUAAUCUAUCGUCGCAAAUUAAUAAACAAAUAAAGUAAAAUAGAUAAAGUCAUAGGCUCAAGCUAGGCUUAAAAGUUGAGACGAAAAAUGAAGUUGAGGAAACAAGACUACAUUUCGAAUUUUGAAUUAAUAUGAUCAUCUAGAAUUAGUUCAAAAAAUACCUGUUAUUUAUUUUAAAAAUAUUUAUAAAAGAAUAUUUAAAAAAUACUCAGUUUUAAAACAGUAACAAGGUUAAGGUUAAUUUAGAUUAUUAAUAUUCCUUUUUUUAUUUACGAAUUGACAUUUAUAAUAUUGCAUCUACGAAUAAUAAAACUAUGGAACAGUAA